AUGCCUUUUAAUUUGGGAGUGUGCCGUGGUGACAGGGUCUUGCUGCUUUUCUCCCUCGGUUUUGACGCUGCUUGGGGUGUCUUUUUUAGUACUCUCUGUCGGGGGGGGGAGCUCAUCCUGUCCGAACCUGGGAAAGUUCUAGACGAUGCAAAGAGGUGUACAAUUUUACCCGCGACCCCUCAGCUGCUAGACUCUUUGGGAGACCCCGAGGCAUAUCAGAAUAUAAAAUUCAUAUUCCUUGGAGGGGAGUCGCCAAAUUUAGCACAGGUAAAGAGGUGGUCCGCCUCGCAUCGACGAAUCUAUAAUUGCUAUGGACCAACCGAAGCCACGAUAUGCGCAAGUAUGGCUGAGCUACAACCCGGAGCUCCAGUAGUCUUGGGGCAUCCAAUGACGGAUACGCAAUUGUUAAUCCUAAACGAAAAGCUGCAGGUUGUAUCUAAUGGCGAGAUCUUCAUCGCGGGGCCGGGCCUGGCUACUGGGUAUUAUAAGAACCCGCAAUUGACCGCGGAAAGGUUCAUAACGUGGCAUGGACAGAGAUUAUAUCGAACUCUUGAUCUAGGUCGAAAGACGUCAGAAGGCAUCGUUUUCUGUGGGCGAGAGGACAGCAUGGUCAAGAACCGCGGGUAUCUCAUCAACCUUGAUUUAGAUGUUCUCCCCACAUUGCUUUCGUACCCUGGAGUACUAUCGGCAGCAGCGUUCAUGCAAAAUGCUCAAUUGGUAGCCGUUGUCACACCAGAACAUAUCAAUGCAGCUACUUUGCGACGCUUCCUAUCCAAAAAACACGACAGCUUUCUUGUGCCGGACCAUAUCUUUACCCGCAAAGAGCUCCCCCGAACGCCAAACGGAAAGGUCGAUAUCAAAUUGCUCCAGUCAUCAUUUGCCACUGAGCAGGCAAGUUCAAUCGCUAGCGGAAAAGAAGAAAAUUUAUCAGAAUUGUUGCGGGAGGCAGUUGCCAAUGCACUAGGAUGGCCAUCAGGAUCUGUUCCUAUGGAUCGAAGCUUCUGGGAACUUGGGGGAAACUCCCUACUUGGGAUAAAGCUUCUGUCUGGGCUACAUCGUAAGGGGCAAACGGUUAGAUUCCAAGAUAUUUUCGAUCCCGCUCCCCUACAUCAGCUCAUCAAGAAGCUUGAACCAGCUGAAGUGUUGGAAAGCCAAUCUAGACCAGGGGCGCUAAAUGGGGACCCAAACAAGACCGAAGCAACAGCCCCAAUGACUCCAACACAAUUAGGCAUGGUCCGCUCCUCAAUUGGGCAAUCUACAAAGAGCUACAUGCUAAUAUAUAUACACUUGCCGUGGGAUCCUGAGAUGGAUUCCAGUCGAGUUCGAACGGCUUGGAGGGCAGUAUUUGAAAGGCACUCGAUCUUUCGUACUUCCUUUGAUCCCCUCAACGGCAUUCAACGUGUUGGAAGACAGCAUACCCAUGAUUGGGGCGAGAUCCGUGUUCCUGGUAAUGACAUGACUACCAUUGACGACGAAGCGGACCGACUAUGGAAGUCCAUUCAACACGAGGAGGAUAGUAAUGAUUUCCUUCCAGUCAAUGCUCUGAGACUCCUGGUUACCCAGAGUGGUACUGCUGCGACGCUGCUUUGGCUCAUUCACCAUAGCCUCAUAGAUGGUUGGUCCAUUGGCACGAUUAUUAGGGAAGUCCACGCCUCAAUAAGGGGAGAAAGCUUGCCUGACCAGCCGCAGCAAUUUUGGAGGCUCUCGCAACUGUUACCGCGGUACGUCGAGGACCGACGUGAGGAAGGAAGGCCGUUUUGGAGAGAUUUACUUUCCAAGGUUGCUGAUGUUUCGCCGUUGAAUCUCCCCAAGCCAUCCCAGGAAGGAUCCCUUGAUGGAUUCGGGCUGAUCAAGGCUGAUUUUGGCAUCCCCUUAUCUGUGGUUCAGCGGAUAUGUGCCGCAAACAAACUCACACCGGCGGCAGCGCUCCAUGCUGCCUGGGCCCUCUUGCUACGCUCUUACAGUUCUCAAAACCAACUUGUGUUUGGUACUGUAUUUUCUGGCCGAGAUUUCCCUCUACCUGGCAUAGAAGAAGUUGUGGGACCCUUGCUGAAUACUUGUCCGUUUCCUAUUGAUUUGGCGGGCCUGGCAACGAAAGACGAGCUUCUGGCUCAUGUACAAUCUAUGAUUCGUCUCAUCAGUGCGCAUCAGUGGCUGGCCGCCGAAGCAAUGGAAAAAUACAUGCCUGGAAGCCAUUCUAGAAUACUCGAAACAAUCUUGUUUCUCGAGUACGACCUACCCGGCCUCCAUGAUUCCGAAUGGCGGUUUGAUCGGAUAGAUAGGCCCGAGUUCGGGCUAACCGUCUCCAUUCGACAAGAAGAUGCCAAUCUCUGCAUCCGAACCUUGUUUGACCGAUCUGUAUAUACAGAACCAGUAAUUCGACGCAUGAUGUCACAUUUUAGAAAUAUCUUUCAUGCAAUUCUCGACCCACAAUGUACAUCAAUAUCCGAACUGCGAGCACGCUUGCUAGAUUCUUGCGAAUUUCUUUCGCUAACAAGUGCUUCGUCAGCGCUUAUGGAUCCAUAUGUCGGCCCAUCUAAUUUAAAAACGGCGUUCGAGACCGGCGUUGAUCAAUGGCCUGAUGCAGUCGCUAUUGAGAGUUUAACGCACUCGAUUACAUAUCAUGAACUUGACCAGUUGGGAAACUAUGUUGCUGAGAGAAUUACCUCUCUGAUUCAACCUGGAGAAGCUGUUGCUGUCUUCAGCGAUCGCAGCAUGGACUGGGUUAUUGCUGUCAUUGCCACUAUCAAGGCAGGAGCGAUAUAUGUGCCUAUAGAUAUCAAGUUACCGUCACAACGAUUUAGGAUCAUGCUCGAGACCUCCAAAGCUAAGCUCUGCAUCAUUACCAGUGCAGAUAGUCUUCAAAAAUAUAACGACCUCUUCGAUAUGAGCUUAUACCUUCCAGAUAUCUUGGCUGGUUGGGACCGUAAGCAGUCGAAGCGGCUGGAGACGGUAACAAAGCCUGAUGAUGUAGCAUACAUCACAUUUACCUCCGGCUCUACGGGUGUUCCUAAGGGAGUUUGUAUCGAACAUCAAUCGGUAGUAUCAUACCUGUCAUACGGGCCCUCACGUUUGGAUGCUCGGCCGGGCCGACGCCAUGCACAGAUGUUCUCGCCAGGCUUUGACGUCAACCAGGCUGAAAUCUUCGGAACACUAUGCUAUGGAGCAACACUUGUCCUUUAUGAUCCGGAGGAUCCAUUUGCCCAUUUAUCCCGGGUCCACGCGACAAUGAUCACUCCAUCUUUUCUCUCUCUAUUGGAUCCAGCCAGCUUCUCCAACUUAGAUACCAUCCUGUUUGCUGGUGAAGCUGUACCUCAGGCCCUCGCAGACCGUUGGGCGAGACGCCGUAUCGUAUACAAUUCUUACGGCCCUUGUGAGUGCACUAUUGGAUGCCUUAUUCAGCCUCUCCAACCGCAAGUAGAAGUCACGUUGGGGUGGGCAAUUCCUCGGGUUGGAGUAUACAUCCUUGAUGAGGAAAACCGCCCUGUUCCAAUAGGAGUACCGGGAGAGAUUUGUCUAAGCGGUAUCCAGGUCGCGAGAGGCUAUAUAGGCCCUGGUACAGAAGACCUGUCUCGAACUCGAUUUAUUCCCGAUCCGUUCGUCCCUGGCCACCAUAUGUAUCGCACAGGUGAUCGUGCGGUCUGGACGGAAGCUAUGGAACCUCGGUUUCAAGGACGCUUCGACAACCAAGUCAAAGUCCGAGGCUAUCGCGUUGAGCUUACCGAGAUUGAAAAUGUUAUCGGCAUGAUUGACACGAAUGUCCGCCGCGUAGCUGCCGUCGUACAAGGAGAUAUCAUCGUAGCGUUUGUGGAGCCCUCAACUGUGGAUGUUCGCUCUAUCCAAGCUGGUCUUCAAAGCCGUCUGCCCGCCUAUGCCUGCCCCUCUAAGAUUGUGGCCCUGCCUAGUCUUCCGACGAUGCCUAAUCAAAAACUUGAUCGCAAGAAGUUGCAAUCAUAUUCAUCCCCGACAAUAAUGGGCAACCAGAAGUCAAGUACAUUUCUGCAGCAACUACUAAUCGAAGCAUGGAAAACUGCAAUCAGUCUUCCUGAAGAGACUGCUAUCAAUGAUGAGUCUGAUUUCUUAGCGCUCGGAGGUAGUUCUCUCUCACAGCUCAGAAUGGCACAGAUAGUUUGCGGCAAGCUAGAGAGGAAGCUGCCGUUGAAACUAUUUAUUUGGAACACAGGAUUUCUUGCAUUAAACGAUCAGAUUGCAGAUUAUUGUAUGAAGGAAGGAGCAAACGUAUCCCGGACCGUUUUUUCCGAGCAGCCAUGGAUGACGCUGAAGCCGCCUUUCAAUGCCACCUCUCAUCUUGAGAAAGAGUUGGUGUUACUCUCAAUGUCUUCCCCAACUCCGCAGGCAUUCAACGUAGCGGUUCAGAUACGUCUCAUCGGUAUUGUUGACAUGAUAGCCUUGGAAAAUGCAGUUCUUGCUGUCACAUCCAGUGAGCCAAUCCUCCGAAGUUGCUUUCGUGUGGAGAAAGAGACAGUUGUGAGGUGCAUGUCACGUACACCUUGUGACAUAAUUCGAGAAGAGCAAUUGAACUCCGAUGUCGUUGGCAAUUUCGCCAAUCGCCCCUUUGACCUAUUUAGUGGCCCAUUGACACGAGUCUUACUCGGUCGAAACCAAGGAGAAACUACCAUCGUACUCAUCCAGCACCAUGCGGUUACAGACAAGGUCGCAAUCAAAGCAUUCUUUCGUCGGGUAGUCAUUGAGUACUUACACAAUAUCGACAAGGAGAAACAGGAGAGAUUGGAAGAGAUAUUGUCAAAUCCGGGCUACGCCGCGUGGGCUCAAUGGAAAUCCAAUCAUGUCCAGGCUUCCAGGCAUGAAUCCGACAUUGAAUAUUGGAGGUCACAGCUCGUUAAUCUCCCAGAACCACUAUUUGGGCAGCCAUCAGGUCUGGUCCAGUAUGUUGGAAAGUCAACUUCCUUCUCACUUAAUUCCAAACGCACUUCUUCAAGCUCCAUGGAGCUAUUUGUUACCAUCGUUGCGUUGGCCUUGGCAGAGGUCAAAAAGACGUACGAUGUGGUAAUUGGCAUCCCUCAUAUUGAUCGGACCGAACCAGGGACUGAGGAUUUACUCGGGGUGUUUCUUGAUCGAUUGCCGAUACGCAUCCGUAUACCGCUUCAAGAUUCAUAUGAUCUUUUAGAUUUCAUUCAAUCCGUUGGCAAGCUAAUUAGAGAUGCUUUGGCGCAUUCAAUUUCUCUAAAGGAUAUCCGCGAUGUUACAACGCAUGAUGAGCUAUUUCAGGUCAUGUUAGUGUAUAAUAGUCUGGAAGACUCUAUCUCUAACUCACUGUCUAUUCCCAAUGUAAGGAGUGAGGAAGUCUUCCUCAAAACUACUGGAGCUAAAUUUCCAUUACUCCUGGAAUUUACGGAAGAGCCUGAUUCUAUGAUAUGUCGGAUGGAAUACAUGGAACACCUACUUCCAUCUUCAAUAGCAAUUACGAUCGGCGAGGCCAUUGCAAAUAUAUGGUCACGAUUAUAG